CACAAGUUUGUUGGUACAUUGGACUUCAAUCAUUUAAAAUUGAGCCACGAAAAACUUGUCUUCGCGGAUGUUGUUGUGCCUCAGGGUUAUGAGUGACCCAGUUUUGGAACUUGGAGUCAGCGAUAUUCUGUGCCUGCUGCUACAAAAUCAUCGGCAACGGACAUAACGGGAUGUUGCAACUCUUAGAAGGGACAGCCUGUGAAGUGUGAAGAUGCCUGGUCUGCAAGGCGAAGAAGACGUGGCCUCGCUGGUGAGCCCCAUCAAGAGGAGUAAACUGUCUUUGAAGUUCUUUCAGAAGAAGGAAACUAAACGAGCCCUGGAUUUCUCUGAACCUCAAGCAGAUGAUACCAACUGUGAUCAGGUAGUGCCUGCGCAAUCUCUGCAACCAAGCUUGCCGGAUGAUCUCCCACUGUCAUAUGAGAAGAGUGAUGUCGUGUUGCCGUUUGUGGGGCUCAGCAAUGGGGGAAACACCUGCUAUCUGAACAGCAUCUUACAGGUGCUCUAUCACUGUCCAGGGUUAAAAGAAGGCAUCAAAUCCUUGUACAAGUUGUCUAUAAGCAAAGCUAAACCCACUGAAGAAACAAAACAAUCUGAAGAGCGAGCAAGAGAAACUCCCGAGUCCUUCCCGGCACAGAUCGAGCUCCUCGCGAACUUCCACAGUCUGAUAAGGUCCGUGGAGCAGCUGCAGUCCGACUUUCUGCUCAACACCGACAGCUUCAGCGAGCGAGAGCUAGACACGUCGCCUCGUGAAGUUCUUAAAACACUCAGGCAACUGAACCCGAUGUAUGAAGGCUAUUUUCAGCAUGAUGCCCAAGAGGUUCUGCAGUGCAUCUUGGGUUAUAUACAGGAGGCCUGCAAGACUAUUAGGACGGAUAAAAAGCAGGAGGCCAUUGUGACCGAGGUCCAAGUGGAACAUGACAGCAGUUCGGGGUCAGAAUCCCAAAGAGACGUCAGCGAGGAUGGUCAGGUGGCUGGAAAAAGGAAAAGCGACACCGAGAUGGGAAAUGCCAAAAAAAAGCCAAAGUCUGGAGAAUCUGGAGUGGAGGAGGAGCAUCUGUUGAGCGCACCGGUCACCCGCUCCAAAAGUAAGUCAUUUCGUGAUAACGCUGUGGAAAACACAAAGGACAAAGCUGAAGAGAAGGAUGCGACCAAGGAGUUGGGAGAAGAAGGGGCCAACGGUGAUGAGAAAACAUUCAAAGAGGCUGAUGGGAGAAAGAAGAAACGCUGCAAACUGGGCUGGCUGAGGCCCGCUGAGAAACAGCCAAGCAUCAUGUCCAUGUUUCGCACCGUCGGGAAGCUCACCUCGACAUUUGCCAAAAUCUCAACGAAAGCGGAGCAAGGGAACGUUGGAGCUGGCGAAGGCCAAACGAAAGAUGAGAAGAAAAGUGAGAGUGUCAUCUUUCCAAAUGGGAAGCAGGUCCAAAAGGCGCCACCUCAUCAGGACGGCCUAGACCUGAUGGAGCACUUGUUCCAUGGCCAACUGCUUCUACGGACGCGUUGUCUGGAGUGUGAAAGCUUCAGCGAGAGGCGAGAGGAUUUCCAGGACAUCAGUGUCCCCGUGCAGGAGGAGCAACCCAGCAGCUCGGACGAUCUCUCUUCAGUUUCUCCAUACCCAAAACCCGAGAAGACCCUGAAAUGGGCCAUUGGGCAGUUUGCGUCGGUGGAGCGCAUUUCUGGAGAGGACAAGUACUUCUGCGACACGUGUCGCCAUUACGCAGAGGCCGAGAGGAGUCUUCUUUUUGACAAGACACCCGAAAUCGUCACCAUUCACUUGAAGCGCUUCUCCGCCAGCAGUUCGGAAACGGACCCGUACGUCGGUCUUUCCAAGGUGAACACACCCUUGCAGACGCCCUUGACUUUGUCUCUGGAGGAGUGGUGCAUGCCACGCUCGUCCAGCAAAGGCCACGACUACGAGCUCUUUGCCGUGGUCAUGCACAGCGGCGUGUCUAUUGGCAGCGGCCAUUACACUGCCUACGUCCGCAUGAGUGGCCUCAAGGAUGCCAAAUUCUGGCUGUGCGAAAGGGAGCAGCAAAACAUCUCCGAAGAAGUAGUGCGGGACGACGACGAUGGUGAGGUCUCAAUCAGGCGAGAUGCGAACCAGCAACCUGCCUCGAGCUUUGCUUGCGGCAAACCAGGAAGUAAGAAGCGUCCGGAGGGCGGGGUCGGACUCUUGGGUGGCCAACGGAGUCGGACCAGCGUCGAGCACGAAGAGAGAGUGACCGAUGGUGGGAUGAAAGACGAAUCAGAGCAAAGAAAAACCAUACGACAUGCAAAAGUCGAGCCGAAAAAGGAGGCGGAGGCUGGAGAGGAGAGAGGGGCAACUUCCCGUGAGGAAGAGGAGGCCUCGGAACAACAGGCUUUAAAAAACCUCCUCGAAUACGAAGGCAAAUGGCUGCUGUUCGAUGACUCAGAAGUGCAUUUGGUCAAGGAGGAAGAUUUCAUUCAAGCCUGCUCCCCUCAGACCUGCUCCUCUUCAACACCCUACUUGCUCUUUUAUAAGCGAAUCCCCGAGUCGGGACAUUAACAGCACUGCAUUUUACCCCAAGAUGUGCUCUGUAUAUAUUCUCAAAUACGAAAUGGAACACAAAAAAUACACACAUCACGACGGACGUGUUACUUAAUAGCGCCUGAUUAAAGGUUGUCAAUGUUCAAACGUCUGCAGUAGAUGGAUUUGUUUUGGAAACAAAUGGAUUUGUGCCAAAAUUGAACUUAUUAUUCUUAUUUUUAAUAUUUUCUCACAUUCUCUUGGACUUUGGACAUUUUCUAAGCUAGGGUAAUAAAGGUGGGUGUGUUUA